UUCACUUGGGCGUUGGACUCCGCAUCUUAUUAGCAACAAGGGAAAUUUCUCCAUUUUGCAGCCUGUCUACAGCGACACGGCCACCAAUCUGGGAUUUUAUUACUUCUCCUUAACUGUCAGCUUUUUCCUGCUAUUUUGAAAAACCCUCGUCACUCUAACUGGACCUUACAUUUUCGCUUUGAACUUUUUCUUUGCGUUGAGAGGGAGAAAGCAGUGAAGAGCUUUGCGUUUCAACAAAGAGGCUUGAGGGUCUUUGUUCGUUUUUUGGAUCGGUUGAGUUUCUUUGUUGGAGCGAAAAGCAUGGGAGCGCAAUUGUCCAAGACAGCUGGAAAGGCUGAAACCGUGGCCGAAAAGCCCGGAGAGGCUGCUGCUUCACCCACCAAGACCAAUGGACAGGAAAACGGCCAUGUUAAAGUGAACGGAGAAGCCUCUCCUACAGCAGCCGAGAACGGCAAAGAGGAGGUGCAGGCCAAUGGCAGCGUGGCGGCCGAGGAGAGCCACAAGGAGGAGGCCAAUAAGGCAGAGGCUGCCCCUGCUGAGAAAGAAGCUGCAGAUGGGGAGAAGGUAGAGGCAGCAUCUCCUGCUCCUGCUGAGGGAGAGGCAGCUGCAAAGACAGAGGACGGCGCCACACCUUCCACCAGCAACGAAACCCCGAAGAAGAAGAAGAAGCGGUUCUCCUUCAAGAAGUCGUUCAAGCUCAGUGGCUUCUCUUUCAAGAAGACCAAAAAGGAGACAGAAGAGGGAGCAGAGAAUGAGGAGGAGGCAGCUGCAGCAGCAGCAGCAUCCACAGAGGAGGCCAAGGCUGAGGGCUCAGAGGAAGCAGCGGCUGUGAGUGAGGAGGCCAAGCCUGCUGAGGGGGAUGCUGCACCUGCCGCAGAGCCAGCCAAGGAGGAGGCAGAGAGCAAGCCAGAGGCAGCAGCAACACCAGCAGAGAAACCUGCUGAGGAGGCCAAGGAGGCCGCGCCCGCGCCCGCAGUGGAGCCUAAGGCAGAGGAGCCAAAGGCAGAAGAGAAACCGGCCGAGAAGGCGCCCAAAACAGAGGAGGCCGUCCCGGCUUCACAGGAAGCAGCGUCAGCAGAGGCUCCGGCUGCAGCAGCAGAUGCUGCUGAAUAAGUUUGGAAAGAGGGAGAAAUUUGAAAAGAAGAGAAAAGAAGAUAAUCAAAGAACAUUUCCCUGUUUGUAUGUUGGAGUGAUGCCAGGUCCUGGCUUUGAAGAACUUGUCUACAACCAGGGAUAUUUUAAGGUUUUUCUUUAUUUUUUUAUUUUUGGUUUCCAUUCCCCCUUACACAAAACCCAUCUCGGCCCUUUGUUACUUUCAUUCCAACGGGCUCGGGAGGUGGGCGGCUUCAAUAUGUACAACAGAUUAAAUACAUCCACACUCUGCCAUAUAUUUUUUCAUCAGUAUUACGUUUUUCUUUCUUUCAAAUUUUUAUACAAAAUGUAAACAAAAUAGUAUGGACAUGCCCAUGGUAUGAAGGAGACUGGGGUGGAGUUGUAAAUGAAGGGGGGGGUGAGUUCAGGGAGGGUAGGGGGACCUGGAUGUGCCACAGACUAUUAUGAAAGGAGUAGUUUAAAAAACUAUGAGACCAACAUCUAUAUAUACCAUACGGUUUACAACACUAAGUCAUUUUUACAAUAAGACAAAAAUAAAUCCCAGACUUAGAUUUUUAGGAAGGCAUAUAAAGUCAUAGGAGCUUUUCACUUCUCAUUAGCUGUACCAGUCAGUGAUUCAGUAGAAAUACAAGUUGUAUAGGCUUUAUUGUUUAUUGUUGGUUUUAUGACCUUAAUACAAAUGUAAGUAUGUAUAGGCGGGGUGUUUUUAACUGUGAUUAUUGUACAAAAUGAAAUCUUGAUCUCAAGAAGAAGCACAUGAAGUUUGCAGCUCUUUUUCCACCCGCUCAUUUUUGUAAGAUAACAACACACACAAAAAGUCAUCCCAGAAGACCUUCUUAAACAAUUUUGAACUCAAAACCAAGCUGUGAUAAGUGGAAUGGUUAACUGUUUAUAUACUGUGGUAUGUUUUUGAUUACAGCAGGCAAUGCUUUUUCAGUGGUCUUUCACAAAAUGUAAGGAAUCUAUCAGAUGCAAAUGUUUGUGUAGCAUCUUGUCUCUCUAUCUCUCUUUGUUUCCUUUUGUAAAUACUGGAGAAGCUUUGACCAGUUUGACUUAGAGAUGGAAUGUAACUUUGCUUACAAAAAAUUGCUAUUAAACUCCUCUGCUGAAGGUGUUCUAAUUUUCUGUGAGCACACUAAAAGCAAAAAAUAAAUGUGAAUAAAAUUGGA